AUGCCGCGAGAAGUCAAACAGCCAGUGAAGGCGGCCUGUCUGGCUUGCCGCGCAUCCAAAACCCGCUGUGACGGACAACAUCCAUGUAAACCCUGCAUGGAACGAUCCCGAGGAUGCCACUACCAGCCCAGUCGGCGAGGUGGGCCACGCCGAAGAACCAAAUAUGAUGCCGUAUCUCAAAGCCCGAAAGUGCCUCAUCACCAGCCUCACCCAGUGCCGCCAAGGUCCCCGUCAACAGCGACUCCUGCAAUCGAUGUCCCGGAUGCCAACUCGGUCUCGGCGCCGGGAUGUCCAGUCCCUCCGCAGUCGAUUGAUUCUAGUCUUCAGAGUAUCAUUGGUCUGCUGUCUCCUUUUAGUGGGAUGCAGAGCACAGAUGUGGAUACCGAGUUCCUAUGGCAGCCCAUGGACACCACCAGCUCUAGUGAAACGGCCUCGGCAUCGCCUAUUCUGAGGGUGUAUACGUCGGAAGAGGAUAUAGCGAAUGCCUACUAUCUCUACAUUCAUCCAUAUCUCUCCUUGUUGCCGCCUCCCGCUGUACCAAUUCACGAGGACCACCCUAUUGCAUUUCAGCCUCCGCCUGGAGAGACCUGUACCGUUGAAAGUUCCUCUCUGCCUUACUGGCCGAGGUCCUCGCUGAGUUUGGCGUUAUGUGCCAUCCUAGCCUUGAUCCCUCCUGACGAAAACCCGACUCCUUUCAGCGAAUGCAGUGUCUGGAUGAGACGCGAAUAUGCCAACCUGUAUGCGCAAGCUGCGCUCAAUAGUGCAGAUAAGGAAAUCGACGAGUUAACACUAGUCAAUGGUUCGAGAUUUUCGCCAGAGCAAAAGAUCAUUCAUCCUAAUGUGCCCGUCCGGCUGCAUCCGAUCUUAGCCCUCGUGGCUCUGAGUAUCUACGAGUAUUGUCAGCGUGGUAAUGUAUCCCGGAUGCGCACCCGUGCCAACCAGGCGAUCACGACAGCCAUGGAUCUCUCUAUUCAUAACCUGGAGUCGCACGCAUCUGAGGCGCAACGGCGCGCAUGGUGGACUUCGAUGUUUGUAGUACUUUUGUCGUCGGUGUUGCAGGAAACGUCGCCUAUUAUCAAUUCAUCUGACCCGAGAAUAUCCACGCCGCACCCUGUAUUCGAUGCGCGACUAGGAAAGCCUGAGCCGUGGCCACUAUUGAUUGGGGCUUUAGAGACCCUCUUGGCAAUCUCCAGUAUACUAACAGAAUGUGGCAUCGGAGGCAAGACGCCAUCCACAUCACCGCAUUUACGCGAAAAGAUCCGUCAUAUGGACUCCCACGUCCUGUCGCUAAUAGGACAAUGCGAUCUUUUUGGAGGUGAGGUUCGCAGGGAGAGUGUUGAGGGGCUUGCCGCGCAAACCAUGGGGAUGGUUGUUCGCCUUGAAGUUCAUGCUGCUCGAACUAAGCUCCACCGGUACCGAGCAUUCAUGGACAUUCCCCUAUUUCUAGAGAAGCAUUGUGAUCUGGCUGCCAUCGAGGACAAGGGCAUUCUCCCGGCGUCGGCCUAUCCCAAGAGUCCGGCAGAAUUUGAAGCUAUCUUUCCUUUCACCGAGAUGGAGUCGUCGAUUAUCAGUUUGAAAUCCUCUCUCGUCAUUUCUCGCAUCUUCCGGGCCUUGCCUUAUCCUAGCUUAUGCCGUCCCGACGGCGUUUUGGAACCAGGAUAUGAGGCAAUGGGAGCGCUGCCAUCUAACCCUACGCUAUCCUCGAGGUACCCACACGGGUUACCAUACUUUUCAUGCACGUCCAUGCAAGCCGGCUACACGCUGUACAUGUUGCUGCAUCGGGUACGCGCUGCAAUAGUGUCAGAUCGUCUUUCAUACUGCUAUCCUCUUCUUAACUACCCAGAUCCGGCAACGGAGAUCCAGGAUUCGGAGAGACUGCUGGAGGAGUUACGACAUGGGGCUGAUUCUUUGAACACUGCGCUGAAGCGAAAUGCGUUAUUUGAGGGUGUUCGCCAGAUGGCGCGGGAAAUGGAUGCUGCCUAUAACUCGACAUUCACAGGCCGUGUCUGA